AGUGUAGCACAGCAGUGUAGUAGUAGCGCAGUGUAGUAGGAGUAGUAAGUAUGAUAGAACGAAAGAGUGGGGAGAGUUGCACUAACACAUAGAAACGGACGAUGCCACUCGAGUGGCAUCGAAUAUCCCCGCUCCGUCGUACGCGGCAGUCCGACGCCGGUCGCGCAGCUAGCAUGGCUGGAUUUUCUCGCAGUUUUUCACCGGUUCUCCCGUGGUAAAGAGAGACGGAGACGGAAAGACACAGAGAGACGGAGAGACAGAGAGAGAGAGAGAGAGAGAAAGAGAAAGAGAAAGAAAGAGCUAGAUAGACGAGACACGUAGCAGCAGUAGCAGCAACAGCACACGAAAACUCGUAUUCAACAAAACGCAUUCCUUUGGUUUCGUCCUAUACAAUCGUACGUCGUUCCUCAUAGGAUACAAGACCUUUGCUUUUCGUUCUAUCGUUCGAGAUAAGCACAGAGAGAGAGAAAGAGAGAGAGAGAGAGAGAGAGAGAGAUAUAGAGAGAGAGAGACAGAGGGAGAGAGAGAGAGAAAGAGAAAGAGAGAGAGACAGACAGAAGGAAAAGGAGGGAGCAUAGGCGAUCGCGAGCCGACGUGAGCCAGAACUGACGCCAGAUGCUCGAACAUAACCUCAAAAGUGAAACACUCGAUAGAAAUUAGAUGAUCCCUUCGUAGAUCGUCGAUAUAAGUUCGAUUAAUUUAUAUUUACGUCUAAUAGAUUAGAUUAACGUCUAUCCUACUUUUACGAGGCGACACGUGCUCCUUCUGCGUGCGUUUCACCAGCCAAUCGUUGUCUUCUUCGUCGGGUUGGUGUGUACGUCGCGUCGUUUAUCCUUCUCUCUCUCGCGCGUGUGUUCCCCCCCCCCCCCUCUCGUAGUAGUUAUCGUUGUCCUCGUCGUUCUCUCUCUCUCUCGUAAUGUCAAAGAAAGAUAUAUAAAGGAGAAAGAGAGAGAGAUGGGUAACAGUCGGAUCGUAUCGCGCAAAUGAGAAUCUCGAAGAGAGUAGACAGUAAGUAGUAAGAGAGACAGAUUGAAACAGAAAGAGAGAGAGAGAGAGAGAGAGUGUGAGAAAGAAAGCAUAGCAAGCGAGAGCGCGAAAGAGAAAGAGAGAGAGAGAGAUAGGAAACGAAGAAAGUGCGUCGUGUUGUUGCAAGUGAACGAAGAGGAAAUAAAAGAUUCUAGAAAAGGAAAAAUAAAUAAGAGAGAGAGAGAGAGAGGGGUGGAAGAAAAGCACGAGGAAAUCGUAUGAGAGGAUCGACUGUGAUCGUCCUUCUUCUUCCUUCUUCUCUUACUCUUGUACAUCCACAUCCAGCAUCUUCUUGUCGUUCGUCGUUGGAACGGUAAAUCUCUGAUGUUCGAAGAGUAGAAGAGGAACUUUUCAAAAGAACUCGUUUCGUGUGCACGACGACGACGACGACGACGACUAACCAACCAAUCGACCGACCGACCGAUCAUCCAACGUUCUAUUGUACCUACUAAUCAUCGUCUAUUUCUAAACGAGCCUGUCUUUAUACGAAUUACGGAUCGAAGAAGAUCGGAUCGAUAUGCGGACGUCGUGAUAUCGUGUGAUCGAGCCAAUCGACGUUCCCUCGAAUGGGCUAAGAGCCGAAAAUCGUUACUCCGUGGAAACACCGAGGCUCUACAUCGCCCUUAAUUGACAGGAAGAGAGUGUGAGAGAGAGAGAGAGAGAGAGAGAGAGAGAGAGGGAGGGAAGAAGGGAGAAAAGAGGAAGAACCAUCAAGCUGGAAACUCAAGCGUAGAGUCAAGAAAUAACGGAAGAGGGAAGAGAAGGAAGAAAAGUAAGAAGAAAAGGAAGAGGAGAAGAGCGGGGGAGAUAUCUGGAGCGGCGUUUGAAAUUUACGAGUAACUCGGUGCUCUUGCAAGUGUAAUAGUAUCUACGAACGAGAGAGAGAGAGAGAGAGAGAGAGAACAAACGAACGAACGAACGAAGGAAAGAAAGGAAGAGAGAGAGGCACAUGGCAUAACAAAUGGUCUCCCGUAAAACCAGUUCGCGACUGUUAAAUGACACCGGAAGUACCCAGCUAAGAAUUACACGAGGUAUCUAGAGCGAUUCGUGCAAUACUUUCGUAUCCUCUCAACAGUUGUUCCGUCACUUCCUCGUAAAAUUUGAUAUAAAUAAAUAAAUUUUUCAUCGAAUCAUCGACAAUAGAUCGAUAAGAACGACGAUAUGAUUUCCUUCGAUCAUGAGGAAAUCAUGAAUUGACGUAAUCGUUGUUAUUAAGAAGAAAGAAUUUUUUAAUCGCCCGAUAUAUUUUUCUUUCUUGUUUCUUUUUUCUUUCUUCCUCGUUGUUUUUGUUUUUUUUUUUUUUUUGAAAAGAAAUAUGAAGGUCAUCGGAAUGAAAGAUCGUAGAUGAGCAAAGGUGCGUGAAAAAGAAAUAUUAGAGAAAGUAAAGAAAUAAGAGAAAGAGAAGGAGUGGAAGAAGAAGAAGAAGAAGAAGAAAGAAAGAAAAGGGAGAAGAGAAGGAGGAGGAGGAGCAGGAGGAGAAGGAGGAAGAGAAGGAAGAAAAGGGAGAACCAUCAGGUCCAGCAGAGCCAGAUGGGUUAAAGGCGAAACGCGAUGGAAGGCGCGAUUCCGUGCCGGUGGAUGCAAAAGGGCGCUGUUCGCACUGCAACCGCUGCCCUUUCGGAAGCGCAACAAGUGACAACGCCGUGGUGCUGUUGCUGCUGCUGCUGCUGCAACUGCUAUUACUGUUACUCCUCCUCGCUCACUAGACGUCAUCGGCUUUAUCCAGCAAGGAGUCGAGAGGAUUCGAUUCUGUUGACUUGAACAAAGGAGAAAUAGAAAAAGAAAUAGAGAAAGAGAAAAAUAGAUACGGGUCAAGGAUCGUUGGCAAGCUCCGUUAACAGCGUACCUACUGGGAUGAACUUCUUACGAGCUAUCCAAAAAAGAUUAUUUCCUUCUUCGUCCUCCUCAUUCUCAUCCUGCUUUUUAACGGAGAAAUAGGAACGACCGGUCGAGAGUCGUUCAUGGCGACUUUGUCCUGAGAGACUCGAUGAAACUACGUCAGGGAGAAAGACGAUUGCCGAGAAUCUUGGAGGAUUCUUGGUCUGGAAUCCCUUGGACUGUGCCUUGAAUCUUACCUACGAUAGACGACAGCUCGUCUGAUCUCUGAACGAGCUUCUUCACGAGAAGUAAAAGAGAGAAGACGCGAGAGAAAAAGAUAAAAAAAGAAAAAGAAGUGGGAGGAAGAGAAGGAGGAGGAGGAUCGGCAGGAUUUUUAUCUCUUGUAUCUUUUUCACCUCCUUUUUUUCUUUCUUUUUUUUUUUCUUUCUACCCACUUUGUCGUCCACUUUCUCCUUGUCGUCGUCGUCUCUCUUAUAGUGAUUUCGCUCGUUGUCGUCGUCGUCAUCGUCGUCGUCGUCGUCGUCGUCGUCGUCGUCGUCGUCGUCAUCGUCGUCGUCGUUGUGGACGAUGGUGAUGAAAAUCUCCGCUGUCGAAGCUGGCGUCGCUCUAUUGGGCGCCGUCGGUUCGCGUUGCGUCGUAAAGCAGGCGACGGUGAAGCGAUGCGUCGCGGCGCUCCUUCUCGUCUCCAUCGCGAGCAUCUUUUAUUACACGCACUAUGUCAUCAGCAGUCCUCUCUCCAGUUUGAUACAUCGAGAUACCAGACCCGAACCCUCGAUAAGAUGUUCCACAUUGAGGGGUGCGACGAGACUGCCUUCGGCGCCGGAUCACAGGAGCGAGGCACGAUUGAGGAUAGAUCCAAAGGUGUUGGUCUUCGUCGAAACUUUAUAUUCCAGGCUGGGACGAGAGAUAGCCGAGCUACUCGUUUAUAACCGAAUAAAGUACAAAGUAGAGGUGGCCGGGAAGUCUCUGCCGGUAUUGACGAAUCUCGACAAGGGUCGUUACGGCGUUCUAAUAUUCGAGAACCUUAACAAGUACCUGCAAAUGGACAAGUGGAAUCGAGAACUAUUGGACAAGUAUUGCAGAGAAUACUCAGUUGGAAUCGUUGGUUUUGCUCCUCCAGGCGAGGAGAGUCUCGUUGGUGCCCAACUAAAGGGUUUUCCUCUCUUCAUACAUACCAAUCUUCGGCUUAAGGACGCCCAGUUGAACGCGGCAUCUCCUAUUCUACGAUUAACCAGAUCCGGAGAAACAGCCUGGGGACCACUUCCUGGCGGUGACUGGACCAUUUUUCAGGCCAAUCACAGUACGUACGAACCGUUGGCCUGGGCACACAGGGACAGUCUCGACUAUCCGACCAACAAAAGCCCUCUGGCCACUGUCAUUCAGGAUCAUGGGAGAUACGAUGGGAUACAAAGGGUCCUAUUCGGUGGUGGUUUACGAUUUUGGUUGCACAAAUUGUUGCUUCUUGAUUCCCUCUCGUAUCUAUCUCACGGUCAGCUUAGCCUAAGCUUGAAUCGUAUGAUACUGGUAGACGUAGACGAUAUAUUCGUCGGUGAAAAAAGUACGAGACUUAAGAGGGACGACGUUAUGGCUUUGCUCGCAACUCAACAAAGGAUACAGGCUCUCGUUCCGGGGUUCAAAUUCAACUUGGGGUUUUCCGGGAAGUAUUUUCAUCACGGGACAGCCGAGGAAAACUUGGGGGACGAUAUGCUGCUGGAGAACGUCGACAGAUUUACGUGGUUUUCCCACAUGUGGAACCAUCAACAGCCCCAUCUAUACGAGAAUGUGACCCAUCUACAAUUGGACAUGGCACUGAACAAACAAUUCGCAAAGGACCACGGUAUACCGACGGUAAGCGGCUACAGCGUAAGUCCACAUCACUCAGGCGUUUAUCCGGUCCACGAAGGCCUUUAUGAGGCAUGGAAAAGAGUUUGGAACAUCAAGGUCACUAGCACGGAGGAAUAUCCACAUCUAAGACCGGCCCGUUUGAGACGUGGCUUCAUUCAUCGUAACAUCAUGGUACUACCAAGACAGACGUGCGGCCUUUUCACUCAUACAAUCUUUAUAGAGAGGUACCCAGGCGGAAGGGAUAAGUUGGACGAAUCGAUACAAGGCGGCGAACUCUUUCAAACGAUCGUUUAUAAUCCUAUAAAUAUUUUUAUGACGCACAUGUCCAAUUAUGGUAACGACCGUUUGGCAUUGUAUACGUUCGAAUCUGUAAUAAAGUUUAUACAAUGUUGGACAAAUUUGAGAUUAUCGAGUUCACCGCCUCUUAAACUUGGCGAACAUUAUUUUCAACUUUAUCCGGAGGAGGCCGAUCCCGUAUGGGGUAACCCGUGUGACGAUCAAAGACAUCAAAAGAUUUGGUCGAGGAAUAAAACGUGCGAUCAACUGCCAAGGUUUUUAGUUAUAGGACCGCAAAAAACUGGGACAACUGCGCUCUACACAUUUCUGUCCAUCCAUCCGGCCAUAAGCAGUAAUUUGCCGAGCCCAGACACGUUCGAGGAAAUACAAUUUUUCAAUGGGAAAAAUUAUUACAAGGGUUUAGAUUGGUAUAUGAGCUUCUUUCCGGCAUCGAAAAACGAGAGUUCCAGAUAUCUUUUCGAAAAGUCAGCAACCUAUUUUGACGGCGAAUUGGUACCAAGAAGGGCUCAUGCUUUAUUACCAAGGGCCAAACUCAUUACUAUAUUACUCUCGCCGGCUAGAAGAGCUUACUCGUGGUAUCAGCAUACCAGAGUACAUGGUGAUCCCGUAGCAAAUAAUUAUUCAUUUCAUUCGGUUAUUACGGCCAGCGAUACGGCCCCAAAACCAUUAAGAGAUCUUCGAAAUAGAUGCCUCAAUCCUGGCAAGUAUGCGCAACAUUUGGAAAGAUGGUUAUCGUUUUAUCCACCACAGCAAUUGCAUAUCAUUGAUGGCGAACAAUUGCGACAAAAUCCAGUUGAAACGUUGCACGAAUUGCAAAGGUUUCUCAAAAUCACACCGGCAUUUAAUUACUCGUCGCAUCUUAGGUACGAUCCUAAAAAGGGAUUCUUUUGUCAAGUUACCAACGAGGAUCGUACGAAGUGUCUUGGAAAGAGCAAAGGACGUCAGUACCCGCCUAUGGAGGAUAAAUCCUAUAAAUUCUUGCAAAGGUAUUACUUGUCACACAACACCGCCCUUGUAAAAUUAUUGAAACGACUUGGAUCCAGAACGAUUCCGCAAUGGCUCAAGGAAGAUCUAACCGACACGGUGAUGACCUAGCAAACGCCGAUCACAUGAAACACAGCUAUUUCUCGAUUUCAAGCCUGGAUUCUUGCUUCCGCCGUACACGAGAUACGACGUUUGUUGGUGGAAGACUUGUAAAUUAUUUCUAUCAUGUAAAUAUUUCGCUGGACUACAAAUCCUAAUUGGGGAGAAGGACCAUGACCAGUGGAGUGGCCUAAAAUCGGUGAAAGCCUGGAAAGCUAGUCACUAAGCGAUUAUACGGUUACACAAUCCGCGUAACUGUUGAUCGUUGUUAAGCUAAUAGUACUAUUAUUAACGUUAUAUUGUAAUAAUAUAAUUAUUAUUAUCGUUGUUGCGUCAUUAAAAGUCAGGAAGGCCGAUUAUCGGCCAACUUUAAAACUCGCAGACAUAAUCUGCGAUUGAUUUCAUUGUUAUCAGGAUAAUAGAAAGUCUUGAUAAUCCUUACUACUUCGUUUGGAUCAGAAAGAAAAUUUUAUAUCGAGGACUAUUUGACGUUCAGUCAAGUACCGAUUUAUCUUUGGCUUUUAAAUGGAGCAUACUUUUUUCUUUUUUUUUUUUCUUCUUUCUCAAAGAAAGACCCCCCUCCUCCCCCCCCCCACUAUAUUUUUCUAUCGUCGCUUGAUGAUUUCUCGCGUAAGAUUUUGCGAACGCACUUCGCUCUUCGCACUUCGAUGAAAUAUUUCGAGAGGGGGAAAAAAUAUAAAAAAAAAAAAAAAAAAAAAAAAAAACAAAAAAAAAUUAAAUAAUGAAUGAAUGAAUGAAUGAA